GACGAGACUAUUUGAUUACACCUCCGGCGUCAGAGAGGAUUCUGUGGAACCAUAGAGGCGGAUAUCAUUAAAUUUGAGGAAAAAGGCAACUAUUUUGAAGGUCACGAGAAUUACCGACAAUAAGGUCGAAACGUGCAGAAUGAGAGCGGUCAGUACACGCAUUUUACAGAAUUGUAGAACAUUAUCUCAAUGAGUAGUCUGAAGUGUGGAUCAUCAUAUUAUUAUUAUCGUCGUCAUUGUCACCAUCGUUUGUAUAAAAGGGGAAUUACUCGGAGGGAAAUAUCGUUGAAGCUGCGAGGAUUUUUGGCCGGCAACAUGAAUAUCAUCAUCUUGCCUCUGCUAAUCGCUAAUCACUUAAGUUUGAAUAACGAAACUUGGCGAUAUGGACCAGAGAUACGGUAUAACGUGACGUACAAUGCAACCACUAAACCGCAGCAGCAAGCAACGAAUCAGACUGAUCGGACAGCGAUGUACAGUAUUGAAGCUCAACUGAAAUGUUGGCCCCGGCGAUCGAAAAUACUGAACUGUCGGCUGAGCGAACCGACCGCCCUCCUCAGUUUUUUCAACUCGUCAAGUGCAAAGCCGCUUGUGUCACCUUCCGACGAUGGUGAAAAGCAACUGGCAAAGUUCAAUUUCGAAAUGAGAUUCAAUCGAUUCGGGAUAAAACAAUUAUUCGUCCCUUCAACGAUCUCACCCCCGCUUUUGGACAUGAUCAGGUCCAUUGUCAACCAGUUUCACACGGGAAUAGACCUGACUGAUAAAGCGGAGGGGACCUACAGGGCUUGGGAGAAUUUCACCACAGGGGAUUGUUUCACCUCUUACACGAUAAAGCUGUCCGAUCCAGCUGAUAAAUCGGGGGACGAUGUUCCAUCGAAGAAAUGGCAAUCUCGGAUGACUACAUCCAUCAAGAAAACGCGGAAUAUAGAGAAGUGCCGGGUGAUGGCACCUUAUUUCUUCGGAAGUCGAGAGAACUGGCGAGAUAAUACGAGAGUUAUCGUCAACCUGAAAUCAUCGGAGAGUUCAAUAAUUGCAAAUGAAACCUACUUCAGUUCCACAACAGAAACCCAUCUUGAACUGAACAAUGCAAAAUCCCGACCCCCGGAAACGAUGAGGAUGUACGAAAAAAUGUCUGUAACAUUCGAUUCCUUAGUCCCGGCUGAGGGAGAGAUCGAGAAAAUUGUUGACCCAGCGUCGGCUGGAAUAGUCACUGGAAAAUGGCUCCACGAUGACUUUUCCAAGGAGGACCUGAGCGAGGAAUAAUUCAUCUGAAGUCGAAUCUUCCAAUAACGCAUGUGACAAUUACCAUAAAAACAAAUCUAAAACUAACACAAACAAUAGCAUGUAGCAGUAUGUAUCUCGAAUAAAGUGACCGCGAUGUGUGCGUCAGUUAAACCA